ACUCCAUCAAAGUAGCUCAUUCCCAUCACCGGACUCGUCACCAGUCCCCAUCUACAUGGUCCCUGUACCUGACAGUAUAUCACCGCGAACCGAGGGCAUCCCCACUAACGUGUGGAGACAUUGUUACGCAUAACACUUGGAUCCGAAAGGGGUCGUGGAGAGCUAGCCUAUUCCGGCUAGUACCGCUCUACUAUAUAUCAUCAUAAUUAAUUAUCCACGACGCGCGCCUCUCCACAAACAUCAUCACGGACACUAUGCCUUCCUGUUUCGAGACAUCGCGUCGGUCUCCACUUUACAAUCACUUUAUAGUGAUACUUCGUCUUGCACGAUGAUAAUUAGCAUCAGUAUAUAAGUAUGGUUCUACAUAUCGCACAUCUCGUACCGUACCGCCAUCGCGUCAUCAGUCCUUCUAGCUCUCUUUUCACGGGCGAACUGUGUUUGAUAUGCGUUCAAUCAUCUCAUUGUCAGCCAUGGCUGUAGUUGGCGUGUCUGCAGCAUUGAACUCCAGUCUCAGUAGCGUAUGCACUGUCUCUUAUGUUCAGUCGGUCCUGCCUGCAAGCGAAUUCAUCACUGGUAUCACUAUCAACGUCGACUCAGUCACCACAAACACCGUCACAAACUACUCCGUAGCAUCAAGCAAUUUGUAUCCUGCUGGAAGUGGUCUAAACUUCUGCAAUGUAACAUUCUCUUACACGCAUGAUGGCAGCGAUGGCGAAGCAACAAAUUUGUGGUACUGGCUCCCAGCGCCUAGCGAGUUCCAGAAUCGGUACCUAUCAUCCGGUGGUGGCGGCUUCUCCAUCUCAUCUGGAUCCGGAGGUCUCUCCCAAGGUCUCGUGUUUGGUGCUGCGACUGGAACAACGGAUGGAGGGUUCGGAAGCUGGAGCGCUCAACUGACUGAUGUAUUGCUAAAGGCAAAUGGGACUCUCAACUACGACGCUCUCUACGCAUUCGGCUACAAAGCAAUCCACGAGAUGAGCGUGCUUGGCAAGGAACUCACUCGCAAAUUUUACGGCAUCGAAGACUUCUACUCGUAUUACCAAGGCUGUUCCGAGGGUGGUCGUGAGGGCUGGAGUCAGGUUCAGAGGUUUGGCUCGCAAUUUGACGGUGCGGCUAUCGGAGCCCCAGCAUUCAGACAAGCGUUCCAGCAGGUCAACCACUUAUUCCCAGCAGUUGCUGAGACGCUCAAUAACUAUGCACCUUCGAAGUGUGAACUCACAGCCAUCAACAACGCCACGAUCGCCGCAUGUGAUGGUCUUGAUGGAAUUGUCGACGGUGUUGUUAGCCGUACAGAUCUUUGCAAGACACACUUCGACCUCGACUCGGUUCUUGGUAGACCCUACUCCUGUGCUGCUACAAUAGGAGGAAUUGGUGGUGGAGGUGCCCCUGGCAAGCGAAAGCGCCAGAUGGGUGGCGGAGCACCUUCGCCUGCCGUCAAUGGAACAGUCUCCGCCGGAGCCAUCAACAUUGCAAAGAUCCUACUUAAUGGACUCCGUGAUUCCAAGGGUCGUCAGGUAUACAUACCUUUUCAGCCCGUGGCAACGUUCGGCGACGCUGCCGCAACCUACAACUCCACAACUGGUGGCUACUCCGUCUCAGCAUCUGGUAUCGGUAACCAGUUUGUUGACUAUCUCCUCAAUGAGGUUGCAACUACAAGCAUUGACCUCAGCACAGUGGACUACGACAAACUCCGCAGCUGGAUGCUUCAAGCGCUCCAGAAAUUCCAAGACAGCAUUGAGACAACAUGGCCUGAUCUCGAGGACUUCCAAACUGCUGGUGGCAAAGUGAUCCACUUCCAUGGCGAAAGCGAUGACAGUGUCCCGACUGCCUCAUCAGUCCGCUAUUAUGAAUCCGUGCGCUCAGUCAUGUACCCUAAGCUCAGUUACACCGACAGUGUUGCCGCUCUGGACGACUGGUAUCGGCUGUUUCUCAUCCCAGGGGCUGGUCAUUGCGCACCUAGCACGACGCAACCAGCGCCGUUUCCGCAAAACGUUUUCGGUAGUCUGAUCGAGUGGGUCGAAGGUGGUGUCAAUCCGACGCUGCUAAACGCCACUGUUGAGUCUGGCGCUAACAAGGGUGCGAAGGGGAAGAUCUGCUCAUAUCCUCUUCGUCCGUACUGGACUGACGGGGUGAAUAUGGAUUGUGUUUACGACCAGAGUUCGGUUGAUUCGUUCACAUAUACUCUGGAUUCGAUUCCCGUGCCAGUGUACUAGAUGUUCCAAUAACUGUAAAUAGUAUCUAAGUUGAGAUCCUCAGGAAUAGAAACAAACCAUUGGCAGCAUUGCGGCGCGGGUAAGCAAGAAGAAAUGACCCUUCAUUUCUGUCACGUGUACAUCAAGUUGUUGUACGAAUACAGUAAUUAGUAGACUGUGGAAUGUCAGGG